CGACGGUCUUGGCCGCUUCCAUCUCUCUAGUCCCCAACACCACAUCCACUGCUCAAUGGCUGCCGCAGAGACGCUCUCCCUCACUCGAGCCGAGAUCGAGGAGCUGUCCGCGACUGACAUCGCGCGCACGAUCCCCUCCGCUGAGCUUGCAGCGGCGUUGAGCUCCACUCCGUUCAUCCAAGGUGGCUUGUUGAACCUGCGCGAUCUCGGCGCGGUGCCCGGCAGCGCCGUGCGCCCAGGCUUGGUCUACCGCUCCGCCAAGCUGCAGGACGACGAGGCCACGUGCACAUGGCUUGCAUCCCACGUGAAGACGGUGUUCGAUCUGCGAGGCGAGGCCGAGGUGCGGCACUCACCUGACCCGCAGGUCGAGGGUGUGAAGAGUGUCUGGUUCCCACCUGAGCACAAACCCGAACGCAUCGACUUGGCGCGCUUCAUCGAGGGUGACGGGAGCAAGGAGUGGGCACGGCAGUACCUCGCCGUUGCGGAGCUGUACCGCCCCGGCAUCCGUGCCGUGCUCGAGCACGUACGCGACAGACCUACUGAGCCCCUCCUGUUCCACUGCACUGCUGGGCGGGACCGCACUGGCAUCGUCGCCGGCAUUCUCCACGCACUCGCGGGCACGCCGGAGGAGGACAUCGUGUACGACUACAUGCUCACGCGCGUCGGGUUGGAGCCUGGACGUGCGCAGCUCGAGGCACGCAUCUUGGCGCACUGGAACAUUGCGGAUGCGCAGAAUGAACCUGGAUGGUCUAACUUUGCGUCCCUCCGGCCCACGUUCUGGCAUACUUUUGUCGAGGGCAUGGAAGAGGUGUACGGCGGGUUUGAGGGUUACGUGACGAGCCAUCUUGGGUUUUCGGAGGAGGAUGUCGAGACAAUCAAGCGGAAUCUGCGCGGUCAGUGAACCGCGACGCAGACUGGUGCAUGUAGACAAACUAGAGCAUGUACAUUCCAUUCCAAAAG